AUGUCUGCACCAUUUGUUUGCAAAUGGUCUGAUGCUCAUUUAAAACAACAACGCUUCAAUACUCGGAAGGAACUUGAGCUUCACAUUGACAAUGAUCACGACGACUUAAGUAAUUUAGGAGCUUUUCUCCGAGGUCAUCCAAUUUAUAUAUGUCCAUGGGAAGGUUGCAAAAAUUCACAAAGGGAUAUUAUUAAGUUAAAAGGCGCCAAUGAUAUGACGAAUAUUACAAAUUGCGACGAUGAUACGUUAUAUGAUGAAAAUGUAAAGCAAGCAAAAGAACAAAUAGAUACCAGAGAGAAACUUGUCAACGAACCUACCUACAUUUCACCAAAUAUUUCAUACGCGCAAAAAGCAAAAGCCAGUACAGCUUUAGAUGAAAUCGAUUUUGCUAAUGAAAAUGAGGAGAUUUGUGCAUUAAAGUACAUGGAAAAGGAAGUUGUUAAUUUUGAUGAUUAUGAUCCUGAGAACUAUGAUGAUUUACCUGAUGCGCCAAAGGAAAGAGAAUACUUGACCGAUUACGAAAAGGAUGGAUCUAUGUGGGAAGCAUAUUGUGAAAGUCAUAAAGGAUCAAAGUUCGUUGAAAUGAUAAAUAAGGCCUUAGAAGAUUUUAAUAAACCGGAAUUUGAUGAUUAA